AUGAGGAGGGAGAACCAGAGCAGCAUGUCCCACUUCCUCCUCCUGGGGCUCCCCAUCCCGCCAGAGCAGCAGGGUGUGUUCUUCGCCCUGUUUCUGGGCAUGUACCUGACCACGGUGCUGGGCAACCUGCUCAUCCUCCUGCUCAUCAGGCUGGAUUCUCGCCUCCACACCCCCAUGGACUUCUUCCUCAGCCACCUGGCCUUCACUGACGUCUCCUUCUCAUCUGUCACCAUACCAAAGAUGCUGAUGAGUGUGCAGACCCAGGACCAAUCCAUCCCCCAUGCAGGGUGUGUAACACAGAUGUAUUUUUUCAUAUAUUUUACUGUUCUGGACAAUUUCCUGCUCACCUCAAUGGCCUAUGAUCGGUAUGUGGCCAUCUGUCACCCUCUCCACUACCCCACCAUCAUGAGACAGGGACUGUGUACCUUUCUAGUAACUGUAUCUUGGAUUCUCUCCUGUGCCAAUGCCCUGUGUCACACCCUGCUCCUGACCCAACUGUCCUUUUGUGCUGACAACUCCAUCCCCCAUUUCUUCUGUGACCUUGGUGCCCUGCUCAAGCUCUCCUGCUCUGACACUUCCCUCAACGAGCUGGCCAUUUUCACAGUAGGAGUUGCAGUUAUUACUCUCCCACUAAUGUGCAUCCUGAUCUCGUAUGGCCGCAUUGGGGCCACCAUCCUGAAGGUUCCAUCCACCAAGGGGAUCUGCAAAGCCUUGUCCACAUGUGGCUCCCACCUCUCUGUGGUAUGUCUGUAUUAUGGAACAAUUAUUGGGCUGUAUUUUUUCCCCUCAUCCAGCACCUCAAGUGACCAGAAUGUAAUUGCCUCUGUGAUGUACACAGUGGUCACACCACUGCUGAACCCUUUUAUUUAUAGCCUAAGGAACAGGGACAUGAAGGGGGCCUUGGAGAAGCUCUUCCACAGGGCAAAAGUCUUGUCUCAAUGA